UUAUUGAAACAAACAUAAAAAUCUAAGGCAUUGCAAGAUUUUGCUUAUUUAAACCGAUAGCGCAUCGUUGAGUAACAACCUAAUUGUAAACGAUUGAUUGUUUAAGUAAAUCGCGGGUUAUAUUUUUCAACUCUUGUAUUGUAAAAAUUAGAAUGUUCGGAUAUUCAUAAAUGUUGUGUUACAAGAAAAGAUAUUUAGAUGCAACUAAAUGUAUGGUAAAGACAGAAUCAUUACGAUUAGUUUAAUAUUAAAAGACAAGAUUCGCAUGAAGUCUAGGAAAUGGGCUUAUGGAGUGGUCAGGUGGAGACUGUAUCUUUUGCAUUACAUGCGGUUGUCCUCGAACAGUGUGUGGGGGUUACUAUGGGAGCACGUGGCAGCGAUGAGCUUAAGGUCAAAGUUGAUAACCUUGGUGUUUAUACUUGGUUUUACACAUAUGGCGGUCGACUAUAUUUAUACAAAUGAAGAUGACAUGUACGUCAGUUCUGACAAGGAAGAUCUGAAGUUAGAUAAGGCCACACAGACUGCAACAUUUGUUAUAAUUGUAGGCUAUGGUAGGACUGGGUCGUCAUGGCUUGGAGAGAUACUGAGCAAGGCGGAAGAGAGUUUUUAUAUGUUUGAACCAAUGCAGAGACCAUUGGCGGAAGGUUACUACCUGACUAAUAUGGUUGCUUUUAAUAAUAAUAGCUACAGGAGACCACUGUCUUUAAUGGAGAGACACGAUUUCAUGAUAACUACCAUUCAUAGAGUGUUCACGUGCCAAUUUUCAUUACUUCAUACAUUUUCUCAAGAGAUUUUGGUGCGGCAUCAAGUGCGACUGAAUGCAGGGACAUUUACGCACUGUAGGGACUUCAACUCAUACAGAUCCUACUUCUGUAUCAAAGAACUGGAGAGGGUGUGUCUAUCCAAGACGCACCGAAUUGUAAAAACAAUCAGAGUUUCGAUGGAGCUUGUAAGUAAUAUGGUCGAGAUGUGGCCGAAUUUAAAAGUCGUUCAUUUAGUUCGAGACCCACGUGCUAUCACUCAUUCGCGGAGUAAAGGUCAAGAUUUUCAGAUGGCACUUGAUACAGUGAGUCAUUCAGCCGAUAUGUGUACAAGAAUGUUUGAAGAUGUAAAACAAGACUGGUUUAUUCAAAGGAAAUAUCCUGGCCGAUUAAUUAUUGUGUCCUAUGAGGCAUUGGCAGGGUCACCUUACGCUGCCACAGGUUUUAUCUACGAUUUCCUAAAUAUGCUGUUUCGAGAAAAGACUUGGUUUUGGGUUUUUAAUAGCAUGAGAAACCAAAACGAAACCGAAACUCAUUACUAUGCAACUGUGAGAUUUAACUCAUCCAAAGUUGCCAAUCGUUGGCGUGAAAGUUUGUAUUAUAAAAAGGUGCAGGAGAUAGAUCUGUCUUGCACGGACGUCUACAAAGCUCUAGGAUACAUUCCUAUCAGUUCAGUAGAAGAUCUGAAUUCAGGAAAGCCAACAAGAAGAAAAGUUGACAAUAUUGAAGGGUAUCUUUAAUAAUAAUGGUAUAAAGACGUAACCAGUGCAACUUCAAAUAAAUGAGAUUUUUUUUAUAUUAUACACGAACAAAAAAUAGUUAGUAUUUGUGAAAGAUAUCGUUAAAUGUGAAGAGAAUUUGCUUGAAAAUAUUUAAUAAUAUUUGUAAUAUGUUUUGCUGAAUUAAAAAGACAAUUGUUUGAUAAAACAUGUUUUACUCGAAUAAAAGUUAAAAAUAUAUGAAAGGUUUUGAUAAAAGGUUAUUGAACAUUGUUGAGUACAAUAUUGAAUUUCACUGGACGAGUGCACAGCUGUCAAAAUAUAUUAGAUGAGGAACUUCCUACAUGUAGAUCUAAUAAAGGUUUUGCAGCUGUGUACGAAUCCAAUAGAAUCAGUAUUAUACUCAAAAUGUAUAAUGACCUCUUUACUUUACACCAUAAUAUUCUUUACAAAUUUACAGACUUUUGUUACUUCGAGUACAAUAAGUAUUUGAUAUGAUUUUUUGGACUCUGAAAAUGAAAACGAGACAAUAUGGAGAACAAUAGUGAUUUGAUAUGGAAUUUUGGACAGUUACAACGAAAACGAGGCUUAAUUGAUAAGAUUGUAUCAAAUAUUGAUUUAUAUUAGGAGAUCACAAGAUGCAAAAUUUUAAAGUUAAAAUUUGAAAGUUAAUUGGUAACUAGUGUGAAAAAAUGGUAAAUAUAUACCUAUCACAAACUCCUUUUUACCCACCUUCGAAUAAAUUUCAACAAAUUUGUUUCUAUUCCUAACGUCUGUUAAUAGUUUGUUAUUUAUUUCAAAGAAUUGAAAAAUAUAUUUGUUUUAAACCUGUGAAUGCCACUUGGCAAAUGAAUACUUUUCUGUGUCUAUUUAUUUUUCAUUUAUUCUUCUUUUGUUUGUUCCUUUGUUAUUUUACAAACUGUAUCUAUUUUGUGAUUAACAAUAAACAAUAUAAUAUUAUAAGAUCAUUCGACUUUGCUUGCCCUGAUAUUAUCCCUUUUUCUGGUACGAUUCUCCGGCAUGAUCGAGUGCACAACGCCGUUGAUUUCAAACCACUUGCCUCUCACCGCUGUAGGUUUGAGCUACGCAAGCGUCUUCGAAUUCUUUCAUGUGAGAAAGGUAUUCACGUAGCUUAUGGAACGUCGGUUGUUCUACUCAAGUCCUCAUUUUGCCUGAAAUAAUGUACAGAAGGGCACUCGAACUGCUCCUCUACCGGUAAAGCCGGAAAAUUGACAUUUGGCAUGUACUGUGUUGGUGUGAUUUAAUACCCGACCAAAAAAUACCGAAAUAGCAUCACGGUUAAUCGGACCAAAAU